AUGACUGGGAACAAGAAGUCAACAUAUGCUCCUUAUAUUCGUUCGCUUACACUAAUUAUGGAUAGUGUUGAAGAAGGUUACAAUGUCAAUCAUGGAGUCUCCAUACUAGUUCCAACCCUUUCAUCAAAGAUUAUCAAUAUUGAAAGUGAUGAAACUGAUAUCAAACAAUCUAUGGCUUUUGUCAACAAUGAUGAUGAUGUAUUGAUCAAAGACACUCCUCCUAACUCUCCAGGUGAUGAUCAACCUCCUCCACCACCACCCAGAAAUAAUUCACACCCAUCAUCAUCUAAAAAUAAUCAAUUUCCUUCACCAUCAACAAAGCCUCCUCCUCACACUCCCUCUCCACCUCAUGAGACUCCUCCAUGA